AUUGCAGUUUUAAACAUUCAGAAAGUUUGUCCAUUGCGCCUCCAUGUGGACGGUGUGAUGUAGGACGUACAUCGAGCCUACAUCUCCCAGAAGUCCUCGCGCGUGACGUCACGCCCGCGGCAACAGGAAGUGUUCUAACUGAGCCGUUGCUGUAGAUAAGGAAUGACCUGUACACUUGAGAAGGUGCUGGCCGAUGCCAAAUCACUGGUAGAGAGACUCAGAGACCAUGACAGUGCUGCUGAGAUCCUGAUUGAACAAACCACACUGCUGAAUAAGAGAGUGGAGGCCAUGAAGCAGUAUCAGGAAGAGAUCGAGGUGUUGAACCAGGUGGCGAGACAUCGGCCGCGCUCUACUCUGGUCAUGGGAAUCCAGCAGGAAAACCGGCAAAUACGGGAACUGCAGCAUGAAAACAAAGAGCUUCGCUCGUCGCUGGAGGAGCAUCAGUCUGCGCUGGAGCUGAUCAUGAGCAAGUACAGAGAGCAGGUGUUUCGCCUUCUGAUGGCCAGCAAGAGAGAUGAUCCUGCUAUAGUCACCCAGCUCAGAGAACAGCACACUAACGAGAUGCAAGCGCACAUUGAAAAAAUAAAUGAAAUGGCCACGGUGAUGAGGAAAGCCAUCGAGGUGGAUGAAGGGCGACUAUGUGAGGAUGAGGAGAGAAUAAAACGUCUGGAGCUGGAGAACAGCGGUCUACGAGAGCUGUUGGGAAUCAGCCGCGAGGCGUUUCUGGUGCUGAAGAGGGACGACACGUCUGACAGCACGUCUCUGUCACCGCUGCUCACCAGCACAGAUGUCAGUCUGAGGAAGAGCUAAAGGCCGUCAGAGACUCAGAGUUUACAAACCAUCAUUCAGAGCUGCCCUACACAUCCCACAAUAAUCCAUUACAGGGUCGUGAUGACCUCACAGGCUCUCACUGCGCAACCUGGAUGUCCAUCAGAGAUUGACGGCUGUCAUUUGCAGGACGGGCCUGUGGAAACUGUCAAACACUGGGAUUCGAUUACUUUUCCAUCUCUCCAUCAUCAUGGCUUCAAGUCUGGAAAAGUCAAAUGACCAAAUUGACUGAUUCAUCCAUAUGAAAACAAUCAUUUGUGGAAUGACCUAUAGGCAGAUUGUGAAUGAUUACUUUACGUGAGCAUGGGACUUUGUAAAGGGAAUGUCACAAUGUGCCAUUUUAAUGAAAAAGCUUGUUUUCUUUUUGCUUGUUGUGUUUGUAACAGUGUUUUAUGUGAGAAUGAGUGGAAGUAGUAUUGAAAGCGAUUAAAACCGUUGAACGAA